GGCGUCCAGCCCCGGCGCACCUGGCAAGCUCCGAGCCGGCUGCACCGGCUGCAGCGAAGAAAGAGGAGCCGCGCCGGCUUCCGCCCGCUUUCUUUCCCUCCUGCUUGUCCAGGCCCUCCGGCCCUUGCAGAGGCGAGAUAUCCGGAGCGGGGAGUGGCGGCUUCCGGAUCCAAUCGGACGCCUGUUUUGCCAGACACCGGCGCUGCGUUUCUCCGCUGGGCUGCAAAGGCAGCAGCUGGAAAGCGGAAGCAGGACCGACUGAGCCGUUGAGCCACGAUCUGCAGCGGCCACCUGCGCUAUCGGUCGCCUCGCUGUAAAAAGCGAUUUUUUUUCCCCCUCGGCCGUGGAAAAGUCCGCGGGGCAACGCGUAGGGAAAUCAUCGUUGGACACUUGACCGACCGGUCGCCGAUCCUGGCUUCGGCGAAGUUUUCCUAAAGGACGCCAGCAUUCGCGUGCAGAUUACGGUUCCUCUUUAGAGGAGGCAGAUGGGGAAGGAAGUAGGGAGACUGACUGGCCCUGCGCUGGAUUUAAAGUGGUGCUGAAGGGAACACCGGAAAUGCACAGAUAACCCAAAAUGGAGAAAGCAAACAACCCCAGCUUGCAACUGGAACAGCUGGUGACCCAGCCAGGCCCUCUGGCGGUCCACGAGGAUGCCUUCUCUUACAAGGAAAACCUGAUCGGUGCCUUGCUGGCUAUUUUUGGGCACCUGAUGAUCAGCAUUGCUCUCAACCUCCAGAAAUACAGUCAUAUCCGGUUGGUGAGUUGCAAAGAGUCUAAGACUUACUUUAGGACCAAGACGUGGUGGUGUGGUUUGUUCCUUCUCUGCCUGGGAGAAUUGGGGGUCUUCUCCGCCUACGCUUUUGCCCCCCUCUCCCUGAUAGUGCCUCUGGGGGCCGUCUCUGUCAUCGCAAGUGCAAUCAUCGGAGUCAUAUUCAUCAGGGAAAAAUGGAAACCUAAAGACUUCUUGAGGCGCUAUGUUUUGUCCUUUGUAGGCUGUUCCUUAGCCAUUGUUGGGACCUACCUGCUAAUCACCUUUGGACCAAACAAUCAUGAAGUCAUGACAGGGGAGAACAUCAGAAAGCACUUGGUCAGCUGGCCGUUCCUUCUGUAUAUGCUGGUGGAGAUCAUUGCGUUCUGCCUGCUUUUAUAUUUCUACAAGGAAAAGAAAGCAAACCAUAUCGUGGUGAUUCUGCUCCUGGUAGCCCUUCUUGGUUCCAUGACUGUCAUUACUGUCAAAGCCGUUGCGGGCAUGGUUGCGGUUUCCAUUCGGGGGAAUAUGCAACUGGGCUACCCCAUCUUCUACAUCAUGGCAGUGUGCAUGGUGGCAACAACAGCCUUUCAGGCAGAGUUUUUAACCCAAGCUUCUCACUCGUUUGAUGUAUCCCAGAUUGCCAGUGUGGGCUAUAUCCUGUCCACUGUGAUAGGAAUUUCAGCAGGUGCAGUUUUUUACUUGGACUUUUUUGGAGAGGAUGUUCUCCAUAUUUGUAUGUUUUCUUUGGGAUGCCUCAUUGCAUUUUUAGGUGUCUUUCUGAUCACUAGGAACAAGAGGAAAUGCAUCUUUUUUGAGCCUUACAUCUCCAUGGAUGCCAUGCCAAGCAUGCAGAAUCUGCACGACAACGGAACGGCAGUUCAGCCCGAACUCAAGACUUCUUUUUCCUAUGGCGCCCUGGAGAACAAUGAUAGCAUGUCUGAAAUUUAUACUCCUGCAACAUUAACUGUUGUCCAGGAAGAACAUGCUUCUUGUCGGAUCAUGUCACACAGCAAAAGCGAGUGAAUGCUCUUUGAAGGAAUACUGUAGGUGCGGCUGUUUAUUUAUUACCCCUCCCUUCCUUUUCUUUCACUCAUUGAGCCCAAAAGGCAGCUGAAGUACUGAUGAACUCAUAUAAUAAUUCUAAAAAAAUACUGAUUAAAAAUCACAUACCUGCAGAUGCGAAAGUAUUCCGUGUUAAGCUGAAUUGCAUUGGGAUGUGAACAGCUCCAUCACUGCAAACACAGAAGGCAUUUGAGUAGCUAAGUAGACGGUAUGUAGGUGAAUGCAGACACUCUGCUAUAACAGAAGCAGGGGUUUCAUUGGAAUAAUCAGGGAUUGUGUGUCUUUUAAAAUCAGGACGAAUGGCAUUCUCAGAGAAAUAUGUAUUGGGGAUUCCCCAUGCUGAAAAUGAGUUCCCCUUUUUCUGUUGGCAUGGCUAAGCAGAGAUGUAUAGAGACAGUUCGCUAGUGUGCCCUAUGUUUUACUUAGUAUAUCUUGUUUUCCCAAACCUGGGAAUUGGGAGGCAGGAUACAUUUCUAGUAUUCUGUUAUCCUGUUGAAAAGGUUCAGUCAACCGUUCAACAUUUUUUCCGAUGUAAACCUUUGAACUAGAUGGGGCAGCAGCAUGAUAAAUGAAGACACAUCACCACUGAGGACUCAUAUCUUUCAGAUCAACACACGCCAUGAUUUAAUUUGGGUCCAACCUUGAUCUUGCAACCCAGGUGUUGAGAAUGUGAUGCAACCUGUUUUGCUAACCCAAAGACCGCCAUCUUGAAAUCAUAAUUGUUUACGGUUUUAAUAAGUGCCCUGAAAAUGAAUUUCUGGGUUGUGAUGGCCUUUGUAUUAGGCCUGGUCUUCAUAUUUAGCAGGUUUGGGUAAUACAGGAUGAAUGGCAUCAUUUUAUAGUAAUAUUUGGAGACUGCUAAUGAAUGCUGUUUUGAAGAUUAAAAAUACUUUCCUGCAAAUUGAAAGAAAGCCUUCUGCAGACGACUCUUGAGUUGUGACCAAAACCUUCUUCCUUCUUUUCUGUAUGUGAUAGUUAUGUUUAAAUGUGCGGGAAUUAUUUAAAUGGGGGGAGCAUUAAAAAAAAAAUCUCCUGGUGCUUCAGCUUCCAGUCUAAAUACCGAACUCAUUUUGCUACUGUAGUCUCAGGCAAAGAUGUUUAUUCCCUGAAGUUUUUAUUUAUAAUAUGUACUGUAUUAGGAUUGUAUCUGCUCCUUCUCCCCAGCAGAUGACAACACUUAGACAGUCUUGGCUGAUCUUAAAAAGCUAAGCCCUGUUAGAUGUGAUUUUGCAUUGAAGAUGAAAGACCAGUUGGAAAAUCCCCAAUUGUAGGAUGUACUGGGAAAUGGAAAAAGCAUCUCCAAAAAUACAAUCCCUACCCUUUUCCAGAAUGAUGUCUGAUUUCUGUUGGUUGCCAAUAGAAAUGAAUAGAUUCUAACCCUGGUUUUGUGGAAGAAUUAACAUGAAUGUAAACCUUGCUGCAGUUUUCAACGGCCCUGUGGAGUCUGAAUGGAAGAUAACCAGGUAUUUUGGCCUAGUUAAUAAGUCAAGGUCUUUUUUUAGAAUGAUAGCUAACAUUCUUGUCUCACUGAUUUCUAGGAUGUCAAACAUAUUUGUUGACUGAGCGUACUGUCUUCACCGUGGUAUGUGUAAAUAAACGAAGCUUUAUGACACAAA